AUGCCCAAAGUCGGCGAAAGCGAGAACGAUUAUGCGGCGGACUGCGCCUCGACUUCCCUAUCCUUACUUUCGACUGCGUCUGCACCGCCGACCACUGUGAGCGGAGAAAAAGGGACAGGGAACCCAACACGCUCCUAUGCUCAUGCUGCUACUGAUGCCCUAUUAUGGACGUGGUUAAACUCGAAGGAGACCCGUUCCAAAAUAAUGAUGAACAACUAUUGGAACAUGUUUGCGGAAAUGGAUGAUCGAGACACGGGUCAUUGCUUAUUUCGAGGAGGGUGCAGCUUUUCGAUCUGGUUGCAGAUUAUCAUGCAAGAAUGA